AUGACUGGCAUUAUUAGAGAGGAGCUGGGAACGAUGCGACGUAAUUUUAUGACAAAGGUAGUCGCAUUACGAGAGGAGAUAGGGGUAUUGCGACGGGAUUUUACGACAGAGAUCGUCGCAGUACGAGAGGAGAUAGGGGUGCUGCGACGAGAUUUUACGACAGAUGUAGUAGCUUUGCGAGAUGAGAUUGGAAUGCUGCGACGAGAUAUAGGAGACCUUCAUACUGAGGUUGCAGCACUUCGAGGCGAUGUAGCAGGCGUCCGAGGGAAUGUCGGGGAGACUGGUGUCCCUCGAGAUUGGUGGGCAACGGCCGGGGGAAUCGAUGAGUUUUUUGGUUCGGUGCCGGAGGCCGAGAGGGAGGGGGUGGAGGUCGGGCAGGAGGAGCCGGAGGAGGCCGGGAUGCCCGGGGUAGAGGUCGGGCCGGAGGUGCCGGAGGAGGCAGAGAUAGAGGGGGUGGAGGGAGGGACAGGGGUGGUCGAGGAGGUAGCGGAGGGGACAUCAGAGGUGGUAGUAGAGGGGGAUGAUCAGGUUGCGGAGGAUGAGAGGAUGCCGGAGAUGACGGAUGACGAGGUAGUAUUCGUGUCCGAGGGGGCGACGGAGGUCCCGAAGGGUAAGAAGCGUGCUGCUGACGCGCCAAAGCUGAUGGUCGGUAAGAGAUCAAGAUUGCCGCCACAGUAUGUCGUUUCUCCCUACACGGUCGAGGCGAAGAGAAGGGGAUUUGUGGAUGGGGCGUACCCCAAUCUUUUUCGCGACGUCGACCCAGUCAGACAGAAGGCGUUCGAUGAUUGGUUCAAAUCCCUUAAGUCCGAAGAUAGUUAUACCAUCGGCUGUAUGACCGUGCCAAAUGCUAAAAAGUGGUUUGAAGAUGUAUUGACGACCUCAGCUUGGCUCGCUGAUGAUCAUGUCGACUUGGCUAUGGAAUUGUUACGCGAUCGGGCGCGGAGAUACCCGAGAUCUUAUGACAGUCUUACUCGAGUUAUCUUGAGCGCUGAGUUCGUUCGUGUCGUAGAUAUUGAGCAUCAGGAGCUCCUAAGCAAGGGGAAUGAUUAUGUUCUGUCUGAUUGA